AUGUCAGGGGCCCGAGCGGGCUCUAGUUGUACACCACGAUGUUUGCUGCUGUGUGCGGCCCUUUGCAUCGUGUGGGGGUCGCGUGCCGUCACGGGCGCGCGUACCGGCCAGUGCGCCCAUCGGCAGCGGUCGGCGCUCGACUACGCGCUUUACAAUGUCUCCAGGCACCACGGAGGAGACUUCUUCACAGUAACAGGCCCGCCCGGCUGUUGUCCGGAAACGUGCGUCGGAAUAUCCUCAGGUAGCGCUGGCUUAGCCACUUCUUCGGACGAAGAUGAAACGGGAUGUUUGUGCAGAUGUCACGAACAUCUGCCGACUUUUCGCGAAGAUUUGAAAAUUUGCAUAGAUGACAUCAAUGAAUGCAGUUUGGCUCCAUUUGUAAGUGCUUCCACAUCUCAAAAGAUUCCAUUUGUUUUCUUGCCUCUUCGAGGGCAAAUCGUUCAUCCCAGUAGAGAAAUACGAUUCGAAGGUAUUCAAACAGCAAUUUGCGCUGUAGCAGGUGCUCAAUAUUUGUCGCGUACAGGAUGGAAUGAGGUCAGAAAUCCUUUGGACAUGGAUGUUCCAUUUAGACUUUUUCGAGAUGAUGGAAGGACAUAUUUACAGUGGCUUGGUGAAUCAGAUCUUCGUUCUAGAUUAGAAGGUAGGUUGGUUCUUGUGAAUUUGAUGUGUAGAGACACUGCUCCUCGGAAAGACAAUGCUCCAACUCCGACAACUGGAGAAAUUUUCACACCUUGCGUAGCUUUUCGAGUUGUGGGCACGCCUGCAAAACAUAUCACAAAUGUGAGCGAAGUGGUAUUCGCUCCUGAUGCUCGUUCCACGGAAGCAGCAGUUAGUGGUGCAGGACUGGGCAUGGACGAGUACAUAGCCAUAGGAAUCAGUUCGGUUUUACUAGGCUCUAUCUACGUGGCAUCAGUUUUUCUUUAUUUACAUCUAAAACGUAGAAGGCAAAAGAAGGAAGAGGAAAUCGAGCAGCAACACCAGCAGCAAAUACAACAAGUUCAGCCACUAUCGCAUCAUUUAGAUAAAUCUGUUAUUAAAAAUAACCCACUUUUGGGACUAUCCACAAGGCAUUUUCCGGUGAUCAGCGAUAGUGGAAGCUACCGAAGCGAUACCAGUCAAGCGCCUUCCGAGCAUGAGUCAGAUUUUGGGAGGUUGCCUUUAGUUUGUUCCUCGGGUUUGGGAAGCAUUGGCAGAAAUUCGAAGCAGCAGAUUGGUGCAAUUGUUCAUCCGCAGGCGAGACCACCUCCACCUCCUCCUCCAGGAACCGCUUCACCGACGAAAAUUCAACAAAAUUUGCAGCAGCAAUCUCCUCACGUUAAUCCUGCACAAGACUUGAAACAAAUACACAAAGCUUGCAUACAGCAAAUUCAACAACAGCAGCACAUGCAGCAAUUACAGCAAGAUGCUGAAGAUUGUCUUCCGGAAGAAAAUGUUUCAAUCGUUGAAGAACCCGAAGAAAAAGUGGAUCCUGUCAAAGCUAUAGUAAAUGGCACAGCCCGUAGGAAAUUAUAUUUUAACCCUGCUUAUUUUGAACCGCAAAUGUUACGCGCUCCACCUCCGGCCGCCGUCGAGUUUCUUACCAAGAUUCGUGAGGUUAUAACUAUAGCAAAACAUAAAAUGAAUGCGAGACGUUAUGUGCCAUCUUUAGGCCUCAUUGCUGAAGAAGAAGCAACGGCCGGAACAAUCGGUUUAAGUCUGAAACGUGAAAACUCUCGAAGACGCGGCGAUUGUUCUGGAUGUCCAGGCUGCGAGCCCAGGCGCUUAAAUUUGCCUCCACAUUCUUGCCACGACUCCGGUAAGCAACAAAGCAUACAAAAAUGGCUUGAAACAGUGGACAAUUUGACCAGCGAAGAGGAAGAUCAAAGCGCGGCUCUAGCAAAGAGUUUGAGAGCUCUGACCGAUACUGGUAAAGCAUUGGGUAGAGGAGCUAAUUUGCUAACAGGAAGAUCACAUUCACCAUUCAACAGAAUAGUAAAAUCUCCCCUAAGCAGGAUACGAAAUCCUGAUCAUUCUUCUCCAAGAGGCACACUUACAAGAAAGAAACCAUUAUCCGAGACUGCAAGUGAUAGUACAUCAUGUAAUACUUUACCUAGAAAAGUCGACUAUGAUGCUGACUCUUUGGAACGUGGAGCCAGUAGGCGUACGCCUGUAGAAUAUGGUGAUUGUUCAUCCCAAUCAAGUCCUAGCUUGAGGCAAGCAUUACCAAUGGAAGAAGAAAUGACAAUAAGAAAUGAAACUAUCGACAGCGAAUACAGCCUAGUUAGCGAGGUGUACGUUAACGACACUUAUGAUAAUGGUUCUACCAAACGAGCUAAAAUCGAAUAUAAAGAACCAGGUCAUUUAUUAAUUGAGGUCGAACAUUGUCCACCACUAAGAAAAAUUUCGGAUACAGACGGAUUCGAACCAGAUACUUUAGAUCGUAAACCAACCAAGAAGAUUACUCCGCCAAAGUCAGGACAGAUUUUGUUAAGAACUACGGGUAGCUUUAAGAGCGACAGUUUGACGAGGGCUUCGGUCAUUGCUGACUGUAUAAAUAAAUCACAAUUAAGUAGAAAUUUUGGAUCGCUAAGAGAAAUUUAUGAAGCGAGAUCAUCUACGAGAGUCUACACCCGACCUUGCUUGAGUGCUGUGGAUUUUAAGGGUUCGACACGUAGUCUUGAUUGCUAUGCUGAAGGCCGCAUAUUAACGCUGGAGGAACGUCAUAGUCGACGUCAAAGGCGAAGUGAACAACCAACUCUACCCGCUAAACCCAAAGCACCUGAUGUUAUUCCAUCUCAAGAUCAAGAAUCGCCAAUUUACCAACGCCCCAAACCUCCAAGACGAGUUGAAGAGUCAGACUCUAAGCACAAGUCAGUCCUUCGAAAUUUCCUGUUGCAAUCAAAUACUAAACCCUCACUUGGAGGACAAGAUAAGCUCGUUUACAGAACGGAAACUACAGAUUCCAGAGGAAAAACAUGGAAAAAAUUAAUCGAGAUGUCAAAUAAUAAAACAAGAACCAAUAAACCUGAAGAUUCUGGAUAUCUUAGUACAGAUUCGAAUGAUUCUGCUAAAAAGACGACGAUUGGAGUUUGCCCUAGUGAAACCGAUGAGUCAGUUUGUGAUGGCCAGAGCGAAUCUGGAGCUGAGAGUGUCGAAACCCAUUCAGUAUUUUUUGGAAACUUCCGUAAAAAGAAGCAACAACAAUCUGAUAGCGAUAGCGAUGGAGGAAAAAGCAGUUUAGUAACAGUUAAAAAUCCAGGAAGUUUGCGGUCUAACCAAUCGACUAUAUCGGGUGGUAGUCGUAGAAGAUCCAAAGAAUCGCUCGUUCAUUGAGUAUGAAAAUCGU